AUGGAUACUCCAUCAACUGCACAAGUUCAACAAAUUCGUGAUAUUACCCGAAUGGAACGCAUUGGUGCUCAUUCGCACAUUCGGGGUUUGGGUCUCAAUGAUAGUCUUGAAGCCCGCGCCGUUUCUCAAGGGAUGGUGGGACAAAUAAAAGCGCGACGUUCGGCUGGACUUAUACUUGAAAUGAUCAAAGAAGGAAAAAUUGCUGGUAGAGCUUUGUUAAUCGCUGGACAACCGGGAACAGGGAAAACGGCUAUUGCAAUGGGCAUAUCACAAGCACUUGGUACCGAUACACCGUUUACAGCAAUGUCCGGGAGUGAAAUAUUUUCACUUGAAAUGAGUAAAACUGAAGCAUUAACCCAAAGUUUUAGAAGAUCAAUCGGCGUUCGAAUCAAAGAAGAAGCCGAGUUUAUCGAAGGAGAAGUGGUUGAAAUACAAGUUGAUCGUCCAGCAACGGGAACGGGAGCAAAAAUUGGCAAACUAACAUUGAAAACAACUGAAAUGGAAACAAUCUAUGAUUUAGGGCAGAAAAUGAUUGAAGCAUUAACAAAAGAAAAAGUUCAAGCGGGUGAUGUAAUUGCAAUUGAUAAAGCAUCCGGAAAAAUAUCAAAAUUAGGCAGAUCAUUUACUCGUGCAAAAGAUUACGAUGCAAUGGGACCACAAACUAAAUUUGUUCAAUGUCCCGAAGGUGAAUUACAAAAACGUAAAGAAGUUGUUCAUACCGUCACAUUACAUGAAAUCGAUGUUAUUAACAGUCGUUCACAAGGUUUUCUAGCAUUAUUUUCGGGUGAUACAGGUGAAAUUAAAUCAGAAGUACGCGAACAAAUUAAUGAUAAAGUUGCUGAAUGGCGUGAAGAAGGCAAAGCUGAAAUUGUACCGGGUGUUUUAUUUAUUGAUGAAGUACACAUGUUAGAUAUUGAAUGUUUUUCAUUUUUAAAUCGUGCAUUAGAAAGUGAUAUGGCACCUAUAUUAAUUAUGGCAACAAAUCGUGGCAUAACAAAAAUUCGUGGAACAAAUUAUACAAGUCCACAUGGUAUACCCAUUGAUUUACUUGAUCGUCUAUUAAUUAUUACAACAACACCGUAUGAAGCCGAUGAAAUUAAGCAAAUCUUGAAAAUUCGUUGUGAAGAAGAAGAUGUUGAAAUGUCCGAUGAUGCUCUUACAGUUUUAACAAAAAUAGGUAAAGAAACAUCAUUACGUUAUUCCAUACAAUUGAUUACAUUAUCGAAUAUUAUUUGCCGAAAUCGUAAGGGUCGUGAAGUAACCGUGGACGAUGUUAAACGUGUCUAUGAAGUAUUUUUGGAUGAAGCACGCAGUAGUGAAAUGUUGAAAGAAUACGAACAAUAUUUUCUUUUCAAUGAUUCAGAACGUAUGUACUAG